AUGUUUGAGCAGGAAAGAGAAAAUUUCGUUAAAGGCGCAGGUUUAAAAAAAUGCUUACAAUUUUUGAAUUUAACAUUUUUAGUGACUCGAGCUCCAGGAAAGAGGCAAAUAAAGCCAAGUGUUGCUUUAUUUGAAGCUGAAUUUAAUAAUGGAGUAAUUGACGGUGAUGAUGAUGAAGAUUUGGACUUUACAGCGGAAGAUCACUCUGGUCAUUCCAUUUCUGGUGGGUCUAAUGGUUCUGAAGAAAGUGAGAGUGCUACUGGAUAUGAGAGUGGUUCUGAGGAGUCUGAAAGUGGUAAAAUGAAUGAAGAGGGGAGUGAUGAAAUUGAUAAUAUUCCAAGUACUUCGUCUGGAAAUGUUACAAAUUGUCAAAAUAACUGGUUAAUUGAUAAAAAUGAAAAAUUGUCUCAACUUUGUUCAAUAUGCCUUAAUGACAAACAAUCUGAAAUUUUUGGAGAUUUAAUUCAAUGUGACAAAUGUGGAUUAUUAGUUCACGAAGUCUGUUAUGGAGUUGCUAAUGAAUUAAUUGAAUCCUCUUCUAGCAACAGUCAAAGUUCUUCAACCUCAACAGAACCCUGGUUUUGUGAACCUUGUUUGUUUGGGGAUGGAAGUAUUCCUUAUUGCCAAUUAUGUCCAAACAGAUUUGGAGCUUUUAAACUUUCUGACAUCCCAAAUAAUUGGGUUCAUUUAAUUUGUGCUCUUUAUACUCCGGGUAUUCAAUUUGUUGAUCAACAACAUUUGUCAGGCAUUAGCUGGCAAAAUAUUGAUUAUCGAAAUUUUGGGAGAAAACAAUGUGGUGCUUGUAUUGAUCAAUUAGAUUCUAGAACUGGAAUUACUGUAAAAUGUGAUGCCGGUCUUUGCAAAAAUUUUUAUCAUGUUACCUGUGCACAAAGAUUGGGUUUAUUAAUUGAGAAUCACUUACCUCGAACAACAAACAAUCCAGAUAUUGGAUAUAUUUAUUGUAAACGGCACAAUAGCCAUGAAGUAAUGAUAAAUGCACAAAAAAUUGCAUUUUCAAAAUUUAUGAAGCAAGAAGAUCGUCGAAUGGUGGAAUUUAGACAUAUUCAAUUAAACCCGCGUCAAGAAAGAAAAUGGCAACAUCAACUAGAAAUUAGAUCGAAAAAAAAGAAAGAUUUAAUAAUUCCAGAAUUUACUCAUCAGAAGAAAGUAAAAUUAUUACAUACAAGUCCGCAAUAUUUAAAUGAAUUUGCUGAAAAAGCUGAAUUGCUUGGAAUUAAUCGACAACAAUUUGAAGAAGAAUUUUAUAAAGUUCCAGCCUCUCAACUUCCUAUGGGAUUAACACCUGCAUUUUCUGUUGAUUUUAUAAAUUAUAUGACAUAUCGAGAUAAUGUUGUUUUGAGUGAAGAAGAAAAAUGUAUUCCAAAAUUACAACAUCAAAAAGAACAACUUUUAGAAAAUCAAACACAAUUAGAAAUAAAUAUUCAAAAAGCAAAAGAAAGACAUAAUGAAUUGAGUGAAAGAAUUACUUCAAAACACAAGUUAUUUGAAAAAUUAAAAUCUGUUCUGAAUUCUAUUUCGCCUUCAUUAAUUAAGGAAGAAACAAUUAAUAGACGACAAUCUUUAUUGAAUCCAGAGAAUUGGAAUAAAGCAGUGUACAGUAUUUCAAGACUGAGUGCAGAUUCAACAAAUAUAUUGCCUUCUAUCAAAUCAUUCCAAUCUUCCCCAAAACAAUCAGAAUCAUCUAAAACUUUUGGAGAUGUUAUUCCAACAACAAUUUUUUCUUCAAAAUUUGGUUCUCCUUCUAAACAAUAUAAAAGAUUAAUUUCUUCCACAACAUUACCUUUAUCACGUGCAACUGAUAUUGGAGGAGGAACACCUUCAAAAUUUAAAAUAAUUUCAAUCGAAAAAAAGGAAUUAUUGAAUUGUUUUAAAUGCAAAUCGAUGAAAGAACCUCAUCUUCUUAUUAAUUGCGAAACUUGUAAUUUUUAUUAUCAUAUUGGUUGUUUAGAUCCACCACUCGAAAAAAUGCCUGUUAAAAAUAAAUUUUCUCGUUUUGAAUGUUCUGAUUGUGCAGAAAAAAGAAUGGAGGCAGAAGAAGCGGCAUUAGAAAUGAAAAUUGAGGAAAUAUCAGAAAAAUGUCCACUUGCUAUUGGACGAUCUAGACGAAAGCCUCGGACAAAAUUAUUUUGA